AUGGCAACAACAACCGAAGAGCUGCAAGUCAACCAGCUUCGGCUGGAAGACACCUCUUCGCUCGUCGCAUUCGAAUCUUUUGACCUCCCAACGUCUAACCAACGUAUUCUCGGGCCACCUCACCCGCAGAACACAGUUAUCCCGCUUGCGCUUCGACCCACCAAGACCAAUGCCAAGGCAACUCUCGAAGCGGUGGUAGAGACAAUCAAGUCCCUCCAAGAAAAAGACGGCAUUCUUACCAAGAAGCUCGCAAGGCAUGGCACGCUACUGUUUCGAAACCUACCGAUCUACAACGCCGAGGAUUUCAGCAAAUUCGCGCACGCAUUCGGGUACAAACCCCACGAGAUUAUUGGCAUUGUCGUCGAUCGACCACUUCUUGCGCCAAAUGUCGCCCCCGCAAACGAAGCGCCCAAGGAAGUAUUGAUAUACAACCACAAUGAGUCGCCGCAAGUACCACAUGCGCCCGAGUACAUCUUUUUCUAUGGACACCGAGCGCCAGCCAAGGGUGGAGAGUCACCGAUCGCUUCUUCGUUGGAAUUAUUCAAUCGCGCACAGCAAGAGAUUCCCGAGUUUAUCGCCGAGCUUGCGGAGAAGGGUAUUUUAAGCAGAGUGACGUACCGAGUGGAGCAACAAUAUGAAGGAGGAUCCACACUUCGCCAGGCCUUUGGUAAAGAGAUUCUGGAUGGUGAUGAUGAGGAGACAAAACGUCGCAAGAUUGAGGCUCAGAUUGCCCGCUAUGGCAGAGGAGAGCAUACCACAUGGGAGUGGACGGAUGAUGGUCUUAUCUUGACGCACCGUUUGCCGGCGAUUCGUACGCAGCCGGGAACAAACUUGCCGACUCUGUUUACUGGGUUGGCGGCCUACUGGAAACGUAUGCAGUUGGAUGUCGAAGCGCGCAAAAAUGUCACUCACCAGUUGUUUGGAGAUGGGACACCUAUUCCGGAAAAGUAUCUCGCACACUUGGCGAAGAUUACGGAUGAUAUUCGGGUACUGCACCGUUGGCAGGAAGGGGAUGUACUAGUUUACGAUAAUGUUAUUGCACAACAUGGAAGAGAGCCGUGGGAAGGUGAACAGCUGGACCGAGUAGUUAUGGCAAGUCUAUUCGAUGGCGAAACCGUGCCUGGUGCGUAUGGUUUUGGGGAUUGGGCGCAGGUUGUGCAAGCUCUUGAUUGA